ACGUUAUUAAUAUUCGAUUGCACUUAAAGCUAUUCCUAAUAACAUAUCAUGUGAUGACAUGUGGUGGCCCCCACUUAUAAUGUAAAAGACUGGACUGGACCGGACUGUUCUUAGGAAAGACCGAACGGUCUAGUCUUUUAAACAGUCCUCAAUUUUCGCAAACAGUCCACACUCUAAAAAAAGACUGGACUAUUAUCAGUCCGGUCUUUUAAAGGGACCUCAACUUUAGCAAACAGUCUACACUCUAAAAAAAAGACUAGAAUGUUAUCAGUCCGGUCUUUUUGUCUCACGGUCCAGUCCUAAAAAAAAAGACUGGACCGUAAAACAGUCCUCACUCAACAUUAAAAGACCGGACCGGACCGGACCGUGGCCAGUCUAAUCGUAACCCUUACAUUCUACCACGCCGCUGCGUCUUCGACGUUGCAGCCUAUGAAAGACGCAAAACUAGUUAAGAUUCGUCGGUGGCUGUCCGCACCCGAUCCGUCAACCAAUUACCGGAAAGCAAUCAAAGUCCGUCAGCCUGCCACUGGGCUUUGGCUUUUAGAGAGUGAAGUAUACUCCAAGUGGAAGAGCAAUGGGUCAUCCUUUGUCUGGCUCUAUGGGAUCUCUGGCUGCGGCAAAACUAUUCUAAGCUCGACGAUCACUCAGGACAUCCUCUUUUACUGUGACAACGAUCCUGGUAAAGUAGCUGCGUACUUCUACUUUGACUUCACCGAUACCGAUAAGCAGAAACCCCAGCUUAUGGUACGGUCGCUGAUCUCUCAGCUCUCGGAACAAUGCAUCAAAAUGCCUUCGGCCCUCGAGGCACUAUACUCAUCCUUGGAUAAGGGAAAUCGACAACCUCCCCUCGAUGCACUGAUGGAUGUUCUACAGCAGAUCCUUCAAGAGUUCCCCCAGUCAUAUCUGAUUCUAGACGCCUUAGAUGAGUGCGCAGACCGAGCUGAGCUGCUGAGUAUUCUCGAACAGAUGGCCGGUUGGCAACUCGAGGAAAUGCGUGUCGUGAUUACAAGUCGGAAAGAACGUGAUAUUGAGAACUCACUUGAGGACAUCGUCAGUAGAGAGUUUAUCAUCUGCCUCGAACACCAAGUAGUAGACAAGGAUAUUCAAACUUACGUUCGCCAGAGAUUGUCUGACGACAAGGGGCUAAAAAAAUGGCAAAAAGAUGCUGAUAUUAGGCGGGAGAUUGAAACUACUCUAAUGGAAGGCUCUCGCGGAAUGUUCCGAUGGGCUGUCUGCCAGAUGGACACAUUAGGGAAGUGUCGCACUCGGUUAGCGCUUCAAAAGGCUCUAAAAGCGCUACCAACAACACUAGAUGAGACGUACGAAAGAAUCUUGUGUACAAUCAGCGAAGCAGACUCAGAGCAUGCUAUGCGCAUCCUUCAGUGGCUGGCCUUUUCAUCCAGGCCGCUAUUAGUAGAAGAGCUCGCUGAGGUGGUCGCUAUCAAUGUAGAGCGAGAGACCGCCUUUGAUCGGGAUGAGGCCCUUGAGGACCCGAUGGACGUUCUAGAUAUUUGCUUGAGUCUUGUCUCAGUGGUUAUGAUAGAAGAGCCUUCUUUGAGUGAACCGAAUCGCCGCUUGAGUACAAUAUCCCGGACUGCCACAUUGGCCCAUUACUCCGUUCAGGAAUACCUCGUCUCCGCGCGCAUAUGUCAGGGUCGUGCCGCGCGGUAUAGCAUGCAACCGGAUGCCUGUCAUGGUUAUAUCGCAAAGGGCUCCAUUGGUUAUCUUCUCCAAUUUGAAAAGGUAUUAUUUGAUAGUUUCGAAUCUGCUAGAUGUCUCCAACAGGUCUAUACGCUAGCUCAAUACUCGGCUAAGCACUGGAUCAUCCAUACCAGUAACGGAGAAGAGGGCGACAAUCGGCUAAGUUAUUUAGCCACGAAGUUUCUCUCCACAAGAGACGGUGCUUAUCUGAACUGGCUUCGUCUAUACGACCCAGACAAAGCAUGGAGUACGCCUAACUUUAGAAGAGAAUUGGACUCGUGCCCUAACCCACUGUACUAUGCGUCACUUGGUGGUAUAGCAAACACCGCUAACCAAUUAGUUGAGGCGGGCGACGAUGUCAACGCGCAAGGAGGACACUUCGGCAACGCGCUCCAGGCGGCAUCAGUUGGAGGGCACCUCAAGGUCGUUGAGAUGCUGCUAAGCAAGGACGCUAAUGCCAAUGCGCAAGGAGGACACUUCGGCAACGCGCUCCAGGCGGCAUCAGUUGGAGGGCACGCCAAGAUUGUUGAGGUGUUGCUGAGCAAGGGCGCUGAUGUCAAUGCGCAAGGGGGAUACUACGAGAAUGCCCUCCAGGCGGCAUCAGGUGAAGGCCACGACAAGAUCGUUGAGAUGCUGCUAAGCAAGGACGCUAAUGCCAAUGCGCAAGGAGGACACUUCGGCAACGCGCUCCAGGCGGCAUCAGUUGGAGGGCACGCCAAGAUUGUUGAGGUGUUGCUGAGCAAGGGCGCUGAUGUCAAUGCGCAAGGGGGAUACUACGAGAAUGCCCUCCAGGCGGCAUCAGGUGAAGGCCACGACAAGGUCGUUGAGAUGCUGCUAAGCAAGGGCGCUGAUGCCAAUGCGCAAGGAGGAGACUUCGCCAAUGCCCUCCAGGCGGCAUCGGUUGGAGGGCACGUUAAGAUCGUUGAGGUGCUGCUGAGUAAGGGCGCUGAUGUCAACGCGCAAGGAGGAUACUUGGGCAACACGCUCCAGGAGGCAUCAGUUGGAGGGCACGUCGAGAUCGUCGAGGUGUUGCUGAGCAAUGGCGCUGAUAUCAAUGCGCAAGGAGGACACUACGGCAAUGCGCUCCAUGCAGCAUCAGCUGGAGGACACAACAAGAUCGUCGAGGUGCUGCUGAGCAGGGGCGCCGAUGUCAACGCGCAAGGAGGAUACUACAGCAACGCUCUCCAGGCGGCAUCAGCUGGAGGCCACGACAAGAUCGUCGAGGUGCUGCUAAGCAAAGGAGCUGUACGAGAUAUAUGA